UUUAGAUGUUUUUAAAAUAAGGAUAAUGUAGAUUAUUCUAAAGAGAUGGCCCUCGAUAUUUCUGAACAUAUUGAUUAACAGAAGUCAAGCAGAACAGAAGGUGAAAGAAUAUUGUCUAAAUAAAAAUCUAAAGAAAUUCUGUAGUAGAAUAUGAAUUAAAUUAUUGUUUAUAUAGACACAGGUCCGGUGAACACUCCCAUUAAACUGGUAGAAGUUUGUAAUUUCUGAAAAGAGAAUCAGAUUAAUGACUUUUUUUACAGAACUAAUUAUUCUCAGAAAUUUCUUCUGUAUUAGGAAAAUCUCAUUGAGACAAGUAGGGCGAGUAUCAGGUCAGACAGUAUUGAAUAGAUAGGGGUUUUUGAUAGAAUUACUGUCUGGUCAUUAUUGUUUUGGAUUAAUGACCUAAUUAAUCAUAAUAUUGUCUUUGCAAAUGAUGUAAAAACCAUCCUGACUGUUUGCUGACAUGAAUCUCCUGCUCAGAUUUCUCUCUUCGUCUUCUCUGUCGGUGCUGGACUCUGACUCAGGUAUUUCUCACCCGGCUGAGAAGCAGAGGUAGAGGAUGAAAAAAAACAAGAAAAAAAACACCAUCAGGAUCCCAUCAGAGCCUGGGAACCCGAGGGAUCCUGGACAGGACAGGGAACCGUUGCAGGGAUAAUGCUGUGAGAACUGCUCAGGGAAAGCCAAAUCAGGUCAGGUUUAUCCUCUACUGUAUCCUGAAAAGUGUCUUUUCUGGACGUAGUCUUCUCUGAGAGGAGACUGCAGCACCAUGGCAGCCUCCAGCAGCAAGGUGUCUCUCCUCUCACGGCUGCUCAUCUUCCUACUGUGUGUCAUCUUUUCUGUUUGUCAGGAUGAAUAUUCUGGAUACCACUCAGGUGAAGACCACACCUUUGAAGGGUCUCUAGUCGACCACUAUGACAGCUUGGCGUCUCCUCAUCCAGAGUAUCCACCUGAACCGACUCACAGCUACGAUGAGGACCAGCAGCCAGAGGGGGAAGACUACGACCCCUAUGGCCCCGCCCCCACCCAGGUCACCAUGAUCACCGAGGACGCCUUCCCAUACGCCACCACUGCUGAGUCACACUACGCCAAGGAGGACAAAGAGACCAUGCAGGUUCCAUUUGAGUCCGACUCUUCUGAGGAGGAGUCUGGGGCUCUCGGAGAGGAGGGGCCGACAGAGUGCAACUGUGAACCCGGAGAGCCUGGAUUUGCUGGAUUUGCAGGACCAAAGGGAUCCAGAGGUCUGCAGGGUAAAACUGGUGAACCAGGAGCUCAAGGCAGAGAGGGUUAUAAAGGAACCAAAGGAGUUCAAGGCAGAAGAGGAGACCCUGGACCAGUGGGCGACACUGGGCUUGAAGGAGAGGACGGAGCGUCUGGUUUCUCUGGUGCGAUUGGAGAACCUGGACUUCAUGGAGACCCAGGAGAGGCUGGAAUUCUGGGUGUGAAGGGUGACAUCGGUAUAGAAGGACCUCGUGGAGGAGUUGGAGCUACUGGUGAGACUGGCUCUCGAGGUGAUGCUGGUUCUGCAGGUAAAAAAGGAACUAAAGGCAUCAAGGGCUCACUGGGUGAAGAAGGCACACAGGGUCCUCAGGGUCGUGAAGGACAGAAGGGCCAGAUUGGAGCUCCUGGAUUUCCUGGUGACGUCGGCGACAGAGGCUCCACUGGUUAUACUGGACAGCCAGGAGGCAUCGGACCAACUGGACCAAAGGGCACUAGAGGUCAGGACGGCCUGCCAGGCAGCGACGGUGACCCUGGAGAAGAUGGUCCUAUAGGAGUCCCAGGGCUGAUGGGAGAACCUGGAGCUUUUGGUGCCAAGGGCAGUAAAGGUGAUCGUGGUGUGAGAGGGCGGCGAGGCCGAGUGGGCGCUGUGGGACCUGCAGGAGAGCCAGGAGAUGCCGGAAUUCCAGGGAAACCAGGACCGAAAGGCCUUCAGGGCUCAACUGGGGCGAAAGGUGAGACAGGACCUGAUGGUGAGAAGGGCGCUGGAGGGAAAAAAGGAAUCAAAGGAACAAAAGGACAAAAGGGAGGCGUGGGUGACGGCGGGGACAAAGGAGAGCGUGGACCAAAAGGUUCUCUUGGUCGUCCCGGGGUUCCUGGUCCUAUCGGUCCUCCUGGCAUCCCGGGGUCCAGAGGAGACCGUGGCCCGAUGGGAGACCAGGGCAUCAAGGGCAAAGCAGGAUCUAAAGGGGUGGUUGGACCCCCUGGUCCUGGUCUGACAGAUGAGCAGGUCCUCCAGCUCUGUAAAGGUGUGGUCACAUCUCAGAUCUCCCAGUACGCAGCCUCCAUCCGGGCCAAGUGCUCCCAGGGCUGCCCCAUCAACAACCGCACACUCAUCGGACCCCCGGGGGUCACGGGACCACUGGGAUCACCAGGCAAAGCUGGCAAAGCUGGAAAAGCUGGAGCAAAAGGAGCCAGAGGUGUUCAAGGCGACAGAGGUCUGGAAGGACAGAAGGGAGCACAGGGUGAACGAGGUUCAAAGGGACAAAAAGGUGCCACAGGUGACCCAGGUAAAGGCCUGGCAGGACCCGAUGGACCACAAGGCCCCAGAGGUCUUCCAGGUCACCCAGCUGAACCCAAAGAUGGUAUGGAGGGUCCUCGUGGUCCACGUGGUUUCCCUGGUCCAGUGGGUAUCACUGGGAUGGUCGGGCUUGCGGGUGUUCCCGGGUUUUGUGAAGCACGGGACUGCAGCAUCCACGCGCCGGUGAUGCGCAAAGAGCAGGGCCUGGUGAAAGGACCCAGCAGCUCCAAAAUAUAAACCAGAACCAGAGCAAAAAAACCUGCUCCGUUCUAAAUGACUGACUGAAAAUGUCACUGGGUCAAGUACAGUACUGUGGGGCACCCCGCUGUCAAGAAAAAUCAUGAGAAACGGGGAACUCUGCAGGAUGAAACAACAAAGACUUUCAUCCAAGCCGGACAAGGUGUCCAGUGAACUUCUGACCUUCUAAAGCUUUUAUAUAAACUAUGCCAGCAACAACUCAGCUUGAUGUGAAAUGAUCCCAUGAUUAUUUGUUCUCAAAGUUUAGUGUCUGUUUUGUUUAGUCUCCAGUCACCAUAAAAAAAUAAACAAAAAUAAAUAAUACUCUGUAAAUAUUUUGUAAAGUAUCUCAAAGUGUACUGUUCUCUGAAAUGCAUUUCAGAUAAACUGUAAAUGUUUUUUUUUUUUUUUUUUUUUUUUUUUUUUUAAGUCGACGUCCUCAGUUUGUUGUUCAUUUAAUUUACCAAUAUCACUUGUAACACUGAUACAUGCUGAAAAAUAAUUAAAUGACAUAAAUGACAUCAAUUCCAAAUUAAAGUAUUCAAGGAGGAAUGAAAUUAGUAACUCAGAUCCCAGUAAAAAAGGCAAUAGUAAGAAGAUUUGUUGACAGCUAAAGUCGAGAACAUCAAGCAGAUGAAUAUUUGAUUAUUGUAAUAAAGGAGACAGAUUGCAGAGAAAGUUAAUAUAAGGUUUAUUGCAUUUGCACCAGUUAUACUAAAGAUAAUGAAUGCAAGAGCCCCACAGGUGGAAAGGUUUUGUCUUUACAAACAUUAUUGACAUGACACAUUACAGUUGAUUUUGAUAAAAUAAAA